ACAGAGGAGUAAACAUGAGCAUUCACUGAGCGUUUCUCCUUCAGUCUGCCAUUCAAGUCAAGGCCAUUCAGUUGGCUUUAUUUUAUCCACAUUCUCAUCUACGCGUGUACUGCAAGCUGUCUAAUCUGGAGGAGGACGGGGAGACUAGCAUGGCCAUGACGGGAGGCAUGGCAGCGCCACUCCCCAUGAGCAACCACACUCGUGAGCGAGUGACAGUGGCCAAACUCACGCUGGAGCACUUCUACAGCACCCUGCUCACCCAGCAUGAGGAGAGGGAGAUGAGGCAGAAGAAGCUGGAGAAGGUGAUGGAUGAGGAGGGUUUACCUGAUGAAGAGAAGAGUAUGAGGCGCUCUCUGCACGCUCGUAAGGAGACUGAGUUUCUGCGGCUCAAGAGGACGCGCCUGGGUCUUGAUGACUUUGAGUCCCUCAAAGUGAUCGGGAGAGGAGCUUUUGGAGAGGUGCGCCUGGUUCAGAAAAAGGACACGGGUCACAUUUAUGCCAUGAAGAUCCUCAGGAAAGCAGAUAUGUUAGAGAAAGAGCAGGUGGCUCAUAUCCGGGCCGAGAGAGAUAUCCUGGUAGAGGCAGAUGGCGCCUGGGUAGUAAAGAUGUUCUACAGUUUUCAGGAUAAGCGCAAUCUUUAUCUCAUCAUGGAGUUCCUACCUGGAGGAGAUAUGAUGACUCUGCUAAUGAAGAAAGACACUCUGUCGGAAGAGGCUACACAGUUUUAUAUUGCAGAGACCGUCCUGGCCAUUGACUCCAUUCACCAGCUGGGCUUCAUUCACAGAGACAUCAAACCUGAUAACCUACUGCUUGAUUCACGGGGCCAUGUGAAACUGUCAGACUUUGGCCUCUGCACAGGCUUGAAGAAGGCCCAUCGGACUGAGUUUUAUCGGAAUCUCACACACAACCCUCCAAGUGACUUUUCCUUUCAGAACAUGAACUCAAAACGCAAGGCAGAAACAUGGAAGAAGAACCGGAGGCAGCUGGCAUAUUCAACCGUUGGCACACCAGAUUACAUCGCACCUGAGGUCUUCCUGCAGACAGGCUACAACAAACUGUGUGACUGGUGGUCUCUUGGAGUGAUAAUGUACGAGAUGUUGAUAGGCUACCCACCCUUUUGUUCUGAGACGCCACAGGAAACCUACAGGAAAGUCAUGAACUGGCGAGAAACACUGACCUUCCCCCCUGAGGUCCCCAUUUCAGAGAGAGCCAAGGACCUGAUCCUUAGGUACUGCACAGAUGCAGAAAACCGGAUUGGAUCAGGAAGUGUGGAUGAAAUCAAAUCUCACCCUUUCUUUGAGUCUGUGGACUGGGAGCACAUCAGAGAAAGACCUGCUGCUAUUUCCAUUGACAUCAAGAGCAUUGAUGAUACGUCCAACUUUGAUGACUUUCCAGAGUCAGACAUUCUACAGCCAGUGACAAAUGUGACAGAACCAGAUUUUAAGUCAAAAGACUGGGUUUUCCUCAACUACUCCUACAAACGGUUUGAGGGACUUACUCAGCGUGGAACCAUCCCUAUCUACAUGAAGGCGGGCAAGGCAUGAAACGGGGAGUGAUGUCAGCCUACAUGGAAGUCGCUUGGAUCUUCAAAGACUAUUCAAAUGCAAAUGCCGGCCUCUUGCUUCUUUAAGAGAUUCUCUCUCUCUGUUCCCAUGAGCCCAUAUGCAUAGAAGUUUAUGCACUGCCGUUUUGUGCUACAUAGUAGACCUGUUCUCAGAGGAGUCCCUACCCCAACACACAGAGAGACUCUUUUGUCCUGGUGCUCGGCUAAAAGGAAACAUGAAUCUUGUCCAAAUGCUUUUCAACACUGGAUCACAGGGUCACAAAAAAAAGGGAAGCAGAUACAUCAUUGAAGCCUUACGUUCACAUUACAGAGGGUGUACAUUUUAUCCUCAAACCUCUUAGGUGACAAAACUGCAAUAAAGUUUAGUUCUCUCA